ACUCAUCGGUAUCACAUCUAGCUGGACUCUAUACAUCUGCCACAACUUCAUACUUAUCCCAGCAGCAAGAUUUUCUGUAUUGUGCCCCUGUGGCCGGAGUGAAUUGGCAGUGCGUUAUAUAAGAGGGCUAAUUAUCUGUGCAAUUGCUGCAAAACUGGUCUACGCAGUGGAAAAUAAAUCAUUUAUAUGG